AUGUCGCAUGCCAUUUCGUCGCUUGAACCUACUGGCUCUUGUAGCCCACGAGGCGUAGAUAUCAUACAAGCAGACAAAACAUGCCUGCUCUCAGUAAUUGACACCACGUGCAGCCUUACAGUUCCAGCCGAGACUUUGGUUGAACCAAUCAUUCAUGGCUUCGAACUCAUGAACUUACCUACGCUAUCAUUCCUCAUCACAUAUUCAACGUCAAGGAGGCAGCUUUUAUUUGAUCUAGGAUGCUGCAAAGCAUUUUGGGAUCUUCAGCAGCCAAUUAUUAACGUAAUCGACACCCAAGUCCCCAGAAUUCGAGUAGAACAUGACCUGGCCGAUGUUUUGAUCAGGGGUGGUGUCGAUAUAGCGAGACUGGAGGCGGCGAUCAUCAGUCACCACCACUACGACCACACAGGCGAUGCUGCCACUUUCCCAGACUCUAUGGACCUCUUGGUUGGUCCUGAAUUCAUCUCUUAUUUCUUACCAGGAUACCCCACUAACGAGGGUUCUCCCGUGUUCGAGGAUGCCAUCAAGGGCCGCUGUAUACGAGAGAUCGUAUUCUCAGCCGACUUACUCGUGGCGGGCUUCGAGGCGUCUGAUUAUUUUGAGGACGGCAGCUUAUAUGUCCUCGAUACUCCAGGUCACGCCGUAGGACACAUCUCAGCGCUUGUCAGGACCACGACGGACUCGUAUGUCCUGCUCGGCGGAGAUAUAUGCCACUUUGGUGGUAUAAAUCUGCCUAACAAAUACGUGCCCCUGCCAGACGAGUUUACAGAACAGCAGCUGGGAUAG